UUGGCCGCGAAAUAGCAUGUUGUUGUUAAGCAGGCAGCGGCAAGAACUGUUGUUGGCGGUACAGUGAAGUGUCGUAGAGGCGGCGAGUGUCCGGAAGGACCGCGCAGCCCCCACAACCUGCUGGGGGCGCAAGCAACUAACCCGCUGCAGCGGUCCCAGCUACUCGGGGCCCUGAUACAACAUUGCCCUGGAACGAAGACACCGACUGUGUCGUACUAACACCGAGUGAGCACUGCACUCCUGACGACACGACACUCUACUCUCCGGGGCGCGGGAACCUUCACGCAGAGUCACGUGCGAUUGUUUUGGAGACUGCAGCUGGAAGUGGCAGGUGGUCGGUGUACGUCGGUGUCACUCGAGGGAUCGCCACCGACGAUGAUCGAGGAGCCUGUGAGCGACGUGGAGAUCAAGUCGGAGGGCACCAGCGAUGGUCCCGAUGAAGAUGCAGAGCUCGUUAUUGUCACCAACGAGCUUGAGGAGCACUGCUACUCGAAAGUCAAACUCAAACUGUUUGAGCAAAGGCGAACCCGACACGCACAAGACCCCGAACCGGACGUUCCAAUCGAACUUCUUCAUGGCUGGCGAAUUGUAAGCUUUCUCAUGUCAACCAAUUGCAGAAGCUUCUGUGGGCCCUUUCUCGACAAGCCUGAAACGUCAAUGCGAGAGUAUUGGAGGAAUUAUGCGGAUGCGCUCAAGAACACGACUUGGCUGGGAAAGAUCAAACAGGAAAUCGUGGAUAAAAAGACAUACGAGACGAUCGGCGACAUCGUUGGCGAUGUGCGCCGCAUGCUGGAGUGCUGUUAUCAUGCAUUCGGACCUCAUCAUCCGAUAUCGAAGAAAGGCAUAAAACUUGAACAUGUACUUGAGACCAAAGUGCAGAUGCUACCGCGUGACCUCAGGGAAAGGAGUUCAAUUGAUGCAACGAGACCAAGUGACAUACCGCGUGGGCGGCUUAAAGUUGAGGAUGGCGAAUCGAUGCUAAUUGCGAUUAUACGCCAUGAACGAGCUGUUCGUGGGCGGGAACAACGAUUUCGCGCCCGUGAAGGUAAAAAAUUCGAGAAGGAGGCCCUGGCCGCAGCGGCCGAUAUGUGGGAUGCAAAGGACGUUCGUCCUGGCCUAGACGAAGUGCAAGCCAUGUGGGAAGUUCCUCAUAUAGCGCAUUUUCUGUUUCUUGCGCAACACGCACUCGGCUUUCCGGAGUUCACGAUGUUUGAACUCGAACGAUCUCUUCUUUACCCUCAGUCGAGUCAGUUAUUGCAUUCGCUCAUGACGUGCUUGCUAACAACAGGAUUUAAGAGUGUUAGCUCGACGGCUAGCAAACCGCCAAUGGGCUAUCGCGAAUGGAAUGAGAAACUACGCAACAAGUUGGUAACGUUCUACAAAACGUUAAACAACCACGGUAUCCUUAAGGUGUUUGAAGAUACUGGUGUCGAAGAGGAGUUUUUCCAAAUUGUUGGUGAGGCAAAUCCAUUUGACAAACUCAACGAUAAAGAGGAGUGGUGCACCUUUGAAGAUUUCACGCUGCGUGAACGCGUGGCUAUUAUCAAAGCGUUAUGUGACCAAAGAUUGGCAAAGCACAAGAGCGUGGCGGACUACUUCGUAGAAGGAACGUAUUUAGGAGAAGAUAUGCGACAGCUCGUGUUGGGAACUGAUUUAUCGGGACGGGAAUAUUUUUAUUUUCCUUGUCUAUCUAACCACGACGUACGGGUUUAUUCUGUACAGCAGUUUCCCCGUAAGGCGUCUCACGACGAUUGCUAUCAGGUGGCGAUUAAACGUGUACCGCGAAGUCCUAAACCCCCGACAGCAAAAAAACGUAAGAAAAAGACCUUGAUCCGUGAGGAACAUAUCGAAACGAAGAGUCGGCGACGAAGCGCGAAGCAGGCGGCUAAAGCCAUUGUACAGGAGAUGGAAAGUAGCGACGAAAGUUGCGAAGAAGAAUUCGAUGAAGAGGUUGUAGUGUACAACUCUGACGGAUGUAUGCUCAUGUCCGCGGGAGAGCAGCAGCAUCAACUAGAGUUCAAGAUCGUCGCGGAAAAUUUGAAUCAACUUCGUGCCCUCAUUGAACGAUUGAAGGGAGAAGCCGAAACUAAGGACAAAGAGAACAAUGGAGAAGGAGCUCAUGAGAUUAACGAUGAACAUUCAAGAGAAGCCAAUCAUGAAUAUGACGAGACUUCAAACGAUACACAAUUGCCCAACGACGAGUCCAGUAAUGGAUAUAUCGACAAAGUGGACUCUAUACUCGAAGAGGAAGACGAAGUGGAAGAGGAGGAUCUAUCACAGACACAGAAACUUGAACGAAGCGGUCACGGUCAGGAAAGCGACUCACGAUCUGCUUUGUCGGUUCAAGAAGAGGAAUCGUCGCAGGACACAAACCACACGCAGCCUCGCCGGUCUUCCCGGGCACAUAAGCAAACUCAGCGCUUCGCUGAAAUGGACGAUCAUGACGACGAAACAAUGGCAGCACCAGCCGCUUACGAAAGGGCGACCGCACACCAAAAUCAUGCGAUGGUACAGAUCAGCACCAGACGAUCGUCACGUAGAAUAGAAAAUGGUACAACGGAUAAGGACUUUUCCAAGGUUGACUCACUUUCGUUAAAACGAAAGGCAGACUCCGUCCCAAGGGAAAGGAUCACAAUGAAGAUAAUGAUACCUAAGGACAAGAAGGCCAGCAAGAAGCAACCCUCGAACAAGCGUCUCAUCGCUCAGCUGGAGUCAAUUCUUGAGCAGUUUUUGCCGUUCGAAGCAGGUUUUGCUCAAAACGAGGCCCGGACGCGGUUGAAGCUCUAUACUGAGGUUCACCAUCCGCAGAUGCUCGUAGAGGAGCAGAAACGGAAAGCCGAAGAGGAUAAAACACGCAGGUCCAAGCGUAUCAAAGACCCGUGGUCAACCUCGUCACAGUACAUGGACAAUGAGAUCCUGUAUGGCGAUGCGGCAUUCGAUGGUAUCUCUGAUUCAGACGACGAUGACGGAAAGUCCAAGAGACCCCAACCGACUCGAAGGUCAAAUCGAGGUCACCAUGUCGCAUCUACAGGCUCCGACGAAACCGGAGGAGUGGACAAAGAGUGGCGGUGUAGGGAUGGGGAGCGCUUCUAAAAAGUUAUCGUUUGUUUAUUACAACUACUAAUUAUUACCUUAGCGUCAACAGGUCACGCAUCUCUAACAAGUACUGGACGUUGCUUUCACAAAGGUUCUGCAGGCCUACGCUAUAUCCAAACCAACCCUUUGUUAUGAGCAUGCCAAUCUAAUUACUGUGGCGUUGACUUUUUCCUCUGUCCCGAGCUAAUCCUUUGCUAGGCACAACUCUAUGAACCUAUUUCAGCCUAGGCACGCACGCACGCUCGAGAACGGUUUGUUGGACUGUGCACAGGCGGACAUGACAUUAUGCUUUGUCUUUUCGGAUUUUGUAUAUAUUUAUAUAUAUACAUAUAUUUUGUGAGUGAAGAUCUUUAUCAUCCCCAUAUAUUAUUUUGCUACUUGGCCAUUACGCUAUUUCUCAUCCGUGCUCCUGUUCACCCAUGCCACGCAAUUGUACACGCGAUACUGCGAAGAGGACAAGAUAUCUUAAUACCUGAAAGUAAAAGGAUCAAACGAAAAAUCAUGAAAGAGGACGUACUGUGUCGUUUGUGAUCCCCCAGUGAGCAAAGUCGGGAGAAAAGGAGAUUAUGAUAGCUUUGUUGCUGUAUGUUUCGUUUUUUUUUGUUAUUCAUAUUUGUUGACACUAUGAGCUGAGCCUGCUGCUAGUGCUUUGCGAUUAUUAUUGUUGGACACGUCUUCUUAUUGAUAAGUAAAUUAUCUGAAUGUGCAGUGUAAAUUUGCUCUUCCACUCCAAAUACGUAUGUGCGUCAGCUGGUAGACAGUUAUCAAUGGAGCACUGGUGGAAAACUUCUAGGGAACCUGAAGAGGCCUAGGAGCGCUCUAAGGGAUUGCCUGGGUAAUGUUGCCGCCAGUCGCCUGAGCUGUCUGAUGUGUCUGGUUCAACUAUUGUGCUCUAGGGUGGGGGUGAGUGUUUAAUGGUGCCCUGUAACUUUGAUUUGUCUAUGAAGGCAGUUCACAAGGGACCAGAUAACGAUUUGCAAAGGUAAAAAGAGCGUCAUAUCAUCAUGGAACACCUAAUAUCUGAGAAACGCUGAAAUCGGGAGAAAUCAGAUGUUGCAUGCGAUAUUGGAAACGAUUCAUUGUUAAUAAUAGGUUAGAAACGUUAUUACAAUUUAUUACUUAUAACAUUCGAAAUGGCCACACGGUGCCUUGAAUUCACCGCCAACGAAGAGAUGGAUGGAUAAUUUAAUAAUAAUUAACUGAAAAAUAAUAAAUGAUGUAAUGAAUAAGAACAUAGCGCAGAACAAAAUUUCCAUAAUAUUAAUGAUUAUGAUAAUAAAAACAAUAGCCUAGAAGAAGAUCAGAGAGGGACAGAACUAGUGACAGCUACAAUACUGAAGGGCCACGUUGAAAGUAGUGGUAGGCCUCACGAUGUUUUUCUGCUUCGUUUGAAAUGCCUUUAUUGUUCAAUAUGCAUGCGAACGAACACAAUCGAAAAUUUAGUCUGGCAUGGUCAUUAAUCUCAAGUAACACAAGCGCCUACUGGACGAAAACAGCAUCUUUAUAAUGAGCUUUAUAGGCCACAAAAAUAACAAAAACAAUCAAUAUAUGAGCAGCAAGGCGACUAUCGGUCUGUUCCGGGCUCGUAAACUAGACCCAGGGGGAAAUUUAAAAAUAAUAAAACGGGACGACAGAAAAUAAGCGAUACAGUAAGUGAGAGAAACUAGAGGUACGGAUUACUGGCGCCCGAAUUUAUGUACAAGCACGCACACAUGUUCACGUAGAUAUACCUUAUAAAUAUAAAUCAGCAUAUAGAUGUGAAAAUGAACCGGCAGAGAAUAAAAGCAAGUGUCCGUUGAAAACAUGUCUUAUGCCGAGCAUCUCCAAUCAUGUUUAUACGGCGAUGGCGGUUAUUCGUUGUAUAUAUGUAAGUACACACGUUGCAUUGAGUUCUAUUAUAUAUAUAUAUAUAUAUAUAGUAGGGCUUAUAAUGAACAUUUUGUCACGUAAACACGUGAUCUUCUUCAUAUGCACAGUGUCUGAUGGGCAUAUUUUGUGAUUUUGUAUGCAUCUCUGACUGACUGUGUGUGUUGUAUGUAUGUGCAUCUUCGCGCAUGUGUAAGACAAUGUGCAAGCGCGUGUUAUUACGAGCGCAUUAUAAAGCAUGUACGAUAUGCGAUACCGCUUAUAUUAAAACGGAAUCGAUACACGUUAGUGAUUGAAUGUAAUGAUACGUUUGACGUGCUUGCAAAUUGGUGUCCUACUUCUUCAGCUUUGGUCCGAAUAUGAACGUUUUCACCUUAUCCUUUAGUGAACGGAAGAUUGUCCUAAAGGAGGAUCUAAGUUCAAUUAAUCAAGGAGAUUAGCUUGUUGCCUAACUUUUGUCCUAAAUGAUGACUUCAUCUCGGUGGCCAACGAACGAAAACAACCAACGACUUGACAGAAAUCUAAUGAGUUCUGGCCAAAGUUACAAUAAAUUUUGUUUUCUCCAAUCAUUAAUUGAUUUGCAUCGUUCACAACCAGUGCCCGCCCAAAAUAUCCAUUCCUUGUACCUUCUUCGGUUUCGCCAACUAGAGCCUGUAUAUAGAAGAACUUGUACACACCGUCAGCAUCGAACCGCCUCAACAUAUUUAAUAUCGCAUACGUCAAGGGCGUCGAACACAACAUUUCAAAAGCGUCAUCGAAGGCCUAUUUUGGCCUCUACUUGAAGAGACUCGCUGAAUUGUGCCCUCAAUAAUUAAGAUGGUAAUAAUGAUUAUACUAACCAGUUAUAGACAUUCGCACACAUUUCAACACCCAUUACUACAGUAAAUAACAAGUAUCCAGAGCAAGUGUUAGCAGUCGACGAAGAUGACGACGACGAAAAAAACAAUAAUAAUAAUAAUAGAAAGACCAUAAGGACACAUUUAUAAAGUCCGUAAUGCCUCUGUUGCACAAAACGUUACUAGCGGCAAGAAAGUGCGAGAGCGUUAAGCUGCGCAUGGAUUCGGUUCUGUGUAUAUAUAAAGUAUAUCUAUACAGAUAUAUGUUCGACAUAAAGGAUGACGUUGAAAACGAACGUCAUUUGUAUUAUAGAAAGAGGUCAUUCUUUAUAUAGCAGACUUGAUUGAGGGAGGGAUAGAAAACGGGGCAAAAAGGGUAGAGCAGGUAAGAAGGACAAAAGAAUGAUAACGAAGUGUUUGCUCUCCGAAGAGGCUGUGCUUGAACCCAUUGGCGAACAGUUUUAAUGAAGCGAAUGUUGGAAGAGGGGAUAUAGAAGCAUGGAAAAAUGCUUGAUGUAUGUAGCUCGCACUGAAUGUAAACCACAAAACAACAAUGGACGUGUAAAAAAGAUUGAUGAUGGAGAAGUAUUGACUGACUGUCGGGAAGUAGUGAAACUGUCUAAUAUUUAAGUGAUUGCGACCAAUGUACUAACUAACAAUGCUCAUGAAAUUGUAUAUUUAGACGCAGCGGUCGAAUUAUACAGAUACGGUGAGACACACACAGAAGUAAUAGACGAGAAGAUGUACGAUAUGAACUCUAUUUAUUUUUGAUCAGUGCGACUUUAAUGGUUGACUGCACAGCGUGAAUUAUCGAAGAGUUUAUAAAAGUAACUAUGGACAAGCACACUCAAGGCAGAAAUGAUUACGAAAUAAAUUGAGAGGCAAUUAUAAUUGAUAAUAUGACAUAAGAUAAUAUUCUAUUAAUUGAUAGUAGUUUUCUUCUAUUUGCAAAAAGCUAACAUGAGAAUGUGAAUACUAUAAAAUAUGAAGAUUUGAAAACAUAGAUUCGUAUUGCAGAGCAAAUUAGCAUUGUACAAACACAGAUAUAAUUAAAAACAAGAUAAGCAUUCAACAAAACCAUGUUUACACAUUGGCAGAGGAAACUACGUUAACAAAAAGCUGAAUAUGUAUGAUGAGAAACGACGAAAGCCAAAAACAGAAGAAUACAGGAACUCACUGAUUGUUCGCUGAUUAGAAUUAAGAAAAAUAAUAAUUGCUGUAACCAUAUCUUCAUGGAACUCUUCUUCUGCUGUUAGUCAUACAACAGGAUGGUGCAUCGUCAUGCAGUCAGUCUAAUACGCCAACGUCCGUAGGGGCAAGCUAAGUAUGUGCAUGUAAAAAUGAAAGAAAGUUGAUAUUAAUUAUAACUAUUAUAAGCAUAAGAUACACAAGUAAGAUAAAUAAGAAAAUAAAUGAGCGAGAACCUAUGAAGAACGAGAGUGAUGAUAUAAAGGAGAAAAAUAUUGUCCGACAGAGUUGUCUUAAAUCGGCAAUAUAAGAACAACUACUACUACUGCUACUACAGUGUUAAUAAUAAAAAACAA